AUGCUCAUAAAAAUAUUUUUAGUAUUAGUUUUUCGUUUGUAUUAUGUAAGCUGUGAAACGGGUGAUGAGUGUAACUUUAAGACCUGCGGUGCAUGUAUUAGUUCUGCCCAUGAUAUCUGCGUUUGGUGUCCCAAUGAUAAAUUUGCGGAGCGAAGAUGUAUGCCUCUGAAUGUAUUAAAUACAACGAAGAAUUGGUGCAAUAAUAGUUACAUAAAAUCGCACCCAAACUUACCAAUCAAUAUUCGUAACGAUGAUUUCAAUAAUUCAAUACAACUUAGACCCCAGCGUAUAAAGAUUAAAACGUCACCAAGAUUUUUAAACAAGUUCCCAAUAUACUUUAAACCAGCAGAAGAUUAUCCCCUUGACGUCUACUAUUUAAUAGAUAUUUCAUAUACAAUGAAAUAUCAGAAAAGUGCCUUAGAGACUCAAGCCAAGGCCAUAUACGCUCAGUUGUCGGAUUAUACCAAUAAUGUUAAAUUAGGUAUUGGAAGUUUCGUCGAAAAACCGGGGUUCCCGUACGUCGAUAGGAUCAGACCGACCAAUACUACAACCUUGUCACAUGCCUUUAAAAAUCAUCUAUCCCUUACCAAAAAUGUAUCAGCUUUUGAAAAUACAAUUAAGAACAUUAAAUUUGGAGCAAAUUAUGACGAUCCAGAAUCUGGAUUAGAUGGUUUGAUGCAAGCUAUGAUUUGUAAAGACGAAUUGCAGUGGAGAAAUGAUUCUAGACGAAUUAUUGUGUUGUGUACUGAUUCAACAUAUCACAGUGCUGGAGAUGGUAAAAUUGUGGGCGCAAUUAAGCCCAAUGAUAUGAAAUGUCAUCUGGACAACGAUUUGUAUAAUGAAACAUUUGCUCUUACUUACGAUUACCCGUCAAUAAGUCAAAUAGAUAAAGUUGCACGUGAAGGACAGUUUAUAAUCGUCUUUGCUACCAAAGAAAGCGUUUCUACUGAGUAUAAUUACUUAGCCAAAGACAUUUUUGGAGCGAAACACGCAGUCUUAGAUUUUGAGAAUGAUGCAGUAAAAAUAAUCAAAGACGCUUAUUUGGAAUAUGCAACCAAAGCAGAAUUACAUUAUUUUGAUAAGCUACCAAAAUUUGUUGAAUUAACGUUUGAUCAAAAUUGCUAUACGAAACCUAAAAGGAAUUGUGAAAGUACUCCGGAACAACGAACUGUGUCAAUAGAAGGAAAUCUCAUAGUCAAAUACUGUCCACCUGACAAUGAGAAAAAGCAUGAAAUUGUUAUUCACCCAAUUGGAAUAAAGGACAGUUUAGUAAUUGAAUUAGAAAUAGAUUGCCAGUGUGACUGUGAGAAAGAAAUUAGUACAAAUACUACAAGCCCUGUUUGCCACAACGCCGGUUUUAUUCAGUGUGGCAUUUGUAAAUGUAACGAGGGAAGCUACGGUGUCGAUUGUCGCUGCAAUGGAUCAUCAACGGAUACAAAAGAUAUGGAAAAAUGCAAACUUAAUGCUGAUGAUAAAAUGUUAUGUAGUGGAAGAGGCACAUGCAGGUGUGGCAAAUGUGAAACUUGCAAUAAGGGUUUCUCUGGCGAUUACUGUGAAUUUGACGACACCGCUUGCCCUAGAAGAAACAAAAAGUUGUGUUCAAAUAAUGGAAAAUGCAACCGAGGAAGAUGCGAGUGCUAUUCUUUAUGGAAAGAUGCUGACUGUAGCUGUACUCUUGACAAAACUAAGUGUAUUACACCAUACUCUAAAACAGAAUGUUCUAGACAUGGUAAAUGCAACUGCGGAAAAUGCGAGUGUGACAAACUGCCAGAUAAAAAUGGUACUUAUACAGGUAUUUACUGUGAGACAUGUGACGAUUGUGGUGAGAAACUUUGCAAAGAUCUUGAGGACUACGUACUCUGCAAUGUUAUUAACGAUAAGAAUGUUUGCGAUGAACAAUAUAACACGACCGAUACAAUAGUAAAGUUUUUGAAUAAAACCCAAAUAAAUGGGCCCAAUUGGAACAUAGCCCAAUAUUGCAAGAAGCGACUUGAAAACGACAGUUGCAUUAUUUUCAAGUAUAAAUACGAGAAUGGAAAUAUGGUACUGGGAAUACAAACUGAACAUGAGUUGCCGCCUAAAGCUAAUAUAUUCAUUGCCGUUGGAUCUGCUUUAGGAGCAGUAUUACUAAUUGGUAUUAUAACACUUAUAGUAUGGAAAAUUCUUAUCGAUUUACAUGAUAAAAGGGAAUAUGAAAAGUUUGAUAAGGAAUCAAAGGCUAAUGGCUACGUUACCGAUAAUAUUUUAUACGAACCACCGUCAUGUACUUAUAGAAAUCCAGUGUGCGAAGGUUAA